AUGGUGCCUCGCGGGUGCACGGUGCUCUACGUACCUUAUCGUAAUCAAGCUCUGAUUAGGACGACCUAUCCAACUGGUGAAGGCUAUCAACCAGUUGAGCACCGCGUGAAGAUGUCCGAAAGGAACUAUUUUGUCAGUUUGUUUGAAAAGGUAUCUACGGUAGACACUACUCCGUAUAUAUGCGUGACAGAAGCGCUCAAGUUUAGAACCCAAGUUUGCGGCGGGGAGGAGAACGUGCGCAACUAUAGCGUGAACUUAGCAAAAGAAGGCGGCGAGUUGAUGGCAGCAGUCAUGGGAACGGAAGUCCUCGAGAACCGAGCGGGGACACUUCGAGAUUGCUUCUUUACUAAUGUGAGACUACCCUUAGACGUAGUAGCAGGAGAGUCGCAAGAGAAUCAGACGGGUAAGGUUCUAGCUCGAGACGCGCAGGCAGUAGCUGAUUGGAUUACGAAAACGACUGUUGAAGAGUAUGAGACCUUCAUAGCGACGAGAUACUACGCCGGCGCGUUUUGGGUUAGGAUUUCUAGUCAGAUUUACCUUGACCGCACGGAUUUCGAAUGGGCUGCUAAUGUCUUGCUUGAACUUUGCGGCCGUGUGAGAAAAGGCAUACGGCCGUCGAAAGAGAGUAAUAUGCUUGUCGCCUAA